GCAAUUGCUGCUGAAAUCCCGCGCUGAUAAAGAGCUGACUGACAAUGAAGGCAACACAGCCAAUCCUGAUGCAAGGAACCAGAGUGGCAAGACAGCGCUGAUGUACUCUGCUAUCCACGGCUCAGACGACAACGUGACGCUGCUCUUGACAUGGGGUGCUGACCGGAAUCUCUGUGACAGCAACGGCCGCGGAGCUCUGGAUUCUGCGAAGUCGAACGGGCACUGGAAAAUUGCACAGACGCUGCAAAACUGGACCAAUCGGGAAGCUGCGACACCUCGCAUGUCCUUUCUGCAGACUUCCAUGGAAAGCUUUCGGACCCUCCGAUCUCUGGUGCAGAGCCUCAGAAUCGAUGCAUGCGGCCGUGGCAGUUAA